AUGGCCGAAUACGACACGCCUCUCGUCGUUGACAACGGUACCGGGUUUGUCAAGUGCGGUUAUGCCGGCUCCAACUUCCCGGCACACACCUUCCCCUCCAUCAUCGGUCGACCCAUCCUGCGCGCCGAAGAGCGGGGCCAGAACACCGAGAUGUCCGCGAUUCAGGACAUCAUGGUCGGCGACCUCGCGUCCGAGUACCGCUCGUACCUGCAGCUCUCGCAGCCGAUGGAGCACGGAAUAGUCAAAAACUGGGAUGACAUGAAGAUCUUGUGGGACUACACGUUCCGCGAGAAGCUCAAGGUCGACACGCGCGACCGCAAGAUCCUCCUAACCGAGCCGCCGAUGAACCCGCUCAAGAACAGGGAGAAGAUGGCGGAGGUCAUGUUCGAGGACUACCAGUUUGGCGGGAUCUAUGUCGCGAUUCAGGCCGUCUUGACGCUCUACGCGCAGGGCCUUCAGUCUGGCGUCGUCGUCGACUCGGGAGACGGCGUCACUCACAUCGUCCCAGUCUACGAAGGAUUCGCCCUCCCUCACCUCACGAAGCGUCUCGACGUCGCCGGCCGCGACGUCACCCGCUACCUCAUCAAGCUUCUCCUCAUGCGCGGAUAUGCGUUCAACCGCACGGCGGACUUUGAGACCGUCAGGCAGAUCAAGGAGAAGUUGUGCUACACAAGCUACGAUCUCGACCUCGACAAGCGACUAAGCGAGGAGACGACCGUCCUCGUCGAGAACUACGAGCUCCCCGACGGACGCGUCAUCAAGGUCGGCUCGGAGCGGUUCGAGGCGCCCGAGUGCAUGUUCCAGCCCCACCUCGUCGACGUUGAGCAGCCGGGUGUUGCCGAGAUGCUCUUCAACACGGUCCAAGCGGCGCCGGUUGACAUCCGCGGCGAGCUGUACAAGCACAUCGUCCUCUCGGGCGGCUCGUCGAUGUACCCGGGCCUGCCGUCGCGCCUCGAGAAGGAGAUGAAGCAGCUGUACUUCUCGCGGGUGCUGCACAACAACCCCGAGAGGCUCGACAAGUUCAAGAUCCGCAUCGAGGAUCCGCCUCGGCGCAAGCACAUGGUCUACCUCGGCGGGGCGGUACUUGCUGACAUCAUGAAGGACCAGGAGUCAUUUUGGGUGUCGCGGGCUGAGUGGGAGGAAGAGGGCCCGCGCUCCCUGGCGAAGCUCGGGGCUCGGGAAUGA